AUGUGGUGUGUAAGUGCUGUGAGACCAGGAUGCUGCAGCUGCUGUUCAGAGAGAAGGGGCUCCCGAAGUAUCCAAGGCCUUCAGCACAUGGAAGCAGCGUCCACAGCAGAGCUGUCGGCUGUAACCAGAGCACCUCUUCCUCUACCCUCACUGCAGCCACCACAGCUCCACACCCUCCAGAGUUGGAGGUGCAGGACACAGAGGCCUUGAAGUUAUGCUGAUCCUUUCCAGAAGCAGGAUGUUAUGGAGAGAUUCACAUGGCAGAGACAAGGCAUCCUGUUUGGAGCUGCCACAUCCUACGUACAUCUAGAGAAGUUGUGUGAAGGAUCCUGUGCAACUGUGUACAAGGGGAUCAGCAGGAUCAACGGCCAGUUGGUGGCACUGAAAGUGAUCAGGCUGGAAGCAGAGGAGGGAGUGCCAUUUACAGCUAUUCGGGAAGCUUCUCUUCUCAAGCGUUUGAAACAUGACAACAUUGUACUGCUUCAUGACAUUAUCCAGACCAAGGAGACACUAACAUUUGUCUUUGAGUACAUGCACACAGAUCUAGCACAGUACAUGGACCAGCAUCCUGGAGGACUUAAUUCCUGCAAUGUUAUGCUCUUCAUGUUCCAGCUUUUGCGUGGCCUGGCUUAUAUCCACCAACAACACAUUCUUCACCGUGAUCUGAAACCCCAGAACUUGCUCAUCAGUUGCCUUGGUGAGCUCAAAUUAGCCGACUUUGGUCUUGCUCGUGCCAAGACCAUCCCCAGACAGACAUACUCCUCUGAAGUGGUGACACUGUGGUACCGUCCUCCUGAUGUGUUGCUUGGAGCUACAGAUUAUUCUUCUGAUCUAGAUAUCUGGAGUGCAGGCUGCAUAUUUGUUGAAAUGAUCCAGGGCCAGCCAAUAUUUGCAGGAACUUCUGGUACUCAUGAACAGCUGGUGAAGAUCUGGGCGGUAUUGGGGGUCCCAACUGAGAACACCUGGCCAGGACUUUCCAAGCUCCCCAACUAUAACCCAGAACUGGUUGCUUCCAGGACACCUCAGAGACUCCGAGUCAUCUGUGACAGGCUGAGCAGGGUGCCAGCAGCAGAGGAUUUGGCCUCCAGGAUGCUUAGAGCCUUCCCUCGAGGCCGGAUCUCUGCGCAAGAUGCGCUUCUUCAUGGCUUCUUCAGCCUCCUGCCUCCUCAGCUCUAUCAGGUUCCUGCUGGACAAUCAGUGCUCACAGUUCCAGGAGUGAGACUGCAACCUGAAAUCUGUGACCUGUUUGCCUCUUACCGAAAAGGCCAAUUCUCAGGAGGUUCAAGCAAGUUUUGGUAG